UACAGACGGUAUUCGAGUCGAGUUCGUUGUCUCGCAGUUCUCGACUCUCGCACCACGGGCUGGCAUCGUCACGGCAGUCCGCAGAGUGCAGACAGACCGAUGUUCAAUCAGUAGAAUAUAAAAACUUGACAAGGGUGGUUGUGUUGUCGCCCGUCCGUUGAAUAACAAUAAAAUUUAUCCAGGGCUUCCAGUGUAUUUUUUUUGUACUCAUUGAAAUAAAAAUUGUGUCAAGCUGUGCUGUUAGUGAUAUAAAUCAGUUCAAUUGGAUUUGUGAUCGAAUCAGGCUAUUGCUGGUCGCCUCGCCGUGAUGUUGGCGAAUUUGAGCGGAACUUUGGUCCAGGGUUUUCAUCAGGAUGGUCACGCAGCGAUGACGUCCGGUAAGAAUAUGGAGUCGAAGAGCACACAAAUUCAUCUCCCGCUAAUGGGACGCGGCAGCCGCGGGGAGCUGAACGACAAGGUCAUGUUCUCACAGGUGAAGUCACCUCCAGAACAGCUCAAUAAUGGACAGUUGUUAGGAGGAUCUCAAAUAAAUCUGUGCAACGGCGGCGCUGGAGCUGCCAUGACUGGUUUGGUACCAAAGAUACCUAAUGGCUAUGGAGAUCAGAAGAAACCGAUGGCAUCCCUCACUCAUUUACCGAAACGUCCACCGGUAGACAUCGAGUUUUCCGAUUUAUCAUAUUCCGUCAGUGAGGGCAGAAAGAGAGGGUACAAAGCCUUAUUAAAGUGCAUCAAUGGUACUUUCCGCUCGAGUGAGUUGACGGCCAUCAUGGGGCCAUCUGGUGCUGGCAAGAGUACCCUCAUGAAUAUAUUAGCUGGAUACAAAACGUCAAACGUCAGCGGUUCAAUACUUAUAAAUGGCAAAGAGAGGAAUCUCAGACGGUUUCGCAAAUUGUCUUGUUAUAUAAUGCAAGACGACUGUCUCCUACCACAUCUCACCGUGAAGGAAGCGAUGAAUGUCUCAGCAAAUUUAAAACUCGGUAAAGAUAUGACUGUUACCGCAAAGAAAAUAGUCAUCAACGAAAUAUUAGAAAUGCUGAGUCUUGUAGAAGCUGGUGACACGCGAACAAUAAAUCUAUCAGGAGGACAAAAGAAACGUCUGUCUAUAGCUUUAGAGCUAGUUAACAACCCACCAGUCAUGUUUUUCGACGAGCCCACAUCUGGAUUGGAUAGUUCAUCAUGUUUUCAAUGUAUAUCUCUGUUAAAAUCUCUUGCAAGAGGUGGAAGAACGAUCAUAUGUACCAUCCAUCAACCGUCCGCGAGGCUCUUCGAAAUGUUCGACUUUCUAUACACAUUGGCCGAAGGUCAAUGUAUAUAUCAAGGUUCAGUGACUAGCUUAGUGCCGUUCUUAUCAUCUAUGGGAUUACAUUGUCCAAGUUACCACAAUCCUGCUGACUAUGUGAUGGAAGUAGCAACGGGUGAACACGGCGACUGGGUGCACAAACUGGUGAUGGCUGUGAAUAAGGGCAACUGUGGCAGAGGACAGUCAUCGACGUCUUCUUCCUCAUCCUCUGUGCCUCAGAACUGCAACUAUAACAAUCAAAGCAAGAACAAUAUUAAGAAGGAAGCACUUGAGAUAGUUAUUGAUAAACCAACAUGCACUGUGAUAGAUAUGUCAGAACCGACCCUCAACACCGAGAAACAAAAUGCUCUACCAAAUUCAACGAAUUUAGCGCCCGUUACUUGUACUACUUCUCUCCUCGAUUCAAGCGAGAGUUUCACAAAGAAGCCACAAAAUACCGGCUUCCCAACGUCAGGAUGGAAGCAAUUUUGGAUCUUAUUGAAAAGAACUUUCCGAAGUAUUUUACGAGAUCAAAUGUUGACGCAUUUAAGGUUAUGUUCGCAUACUGUUGUUGGCUUGUUGAUUGGAUUUCUGUACUACGAUAUUGGACAAGAUGCUGCUAAAGUUAUGAGUAACGCUGGAUGUAUAUUCUUUACUGUGAUGUUCACUAUGUUCACGGCUAUGAUGCCUACAAUUCUAACAUUCCCAACUGAGAUGAGUGUGUUUGUGAGAGAGCAUUUAAAUUAUUGGUACUCAUUGAAAGCGUUCUAUUUUGCGAAGACUAUGGCGGAUCUACCGUUUCAGAUAGUCUUCAGCGGGGUGUACGUGAUAAUAGUGUACUUCAUGACGGGCCAACCGAUGCAGACGGACCGGGUGCUAAUGUUCACGACCAUCAACAUCCUGACGGCGCUGGUGGCGCAGUCGCUGGGGCUGCUCAUCGGCGCCGCCAUGAAGAUCGAGACGGGCGUGUACCUGGGGCCCGUUACCACCAUUCCCGUCGUGCUGUUCUCUGGUUUCUUCGUCAACUUCAACGCCAUCCCCAGCUACCUGCAGUGGUUGACGUACCUCAGCUACGUGCGCUACGGCUUCGAGGGUGCCAUGCUGUCGGUGUACGGCUUCGGCAGAGAGAAGCUACACUGCUCGGAGGCCUACUGCCACUUCCGGACCCCGAGCCUGUUCCUCAAGGAGAUGACGAUGGACCACUCCAACUUCUGGGUCGACGUCGGCGCACUGAGCGCUUUCUUCGUAUUCAUCCGAGUGAUCUCCUACCUAGUUCUAAGGUUCAAAUUGAAGAUGAUGCAGUAGGGUGGCACAAAUCGCGCUUAUAUUUUGUCGGUGAUAUGAAUUUUUUUCCAUUUACCCGCGACCCGCGGUUAGCGACGGCCCGACGUGUUCUGUUUGGCGUUACCGAAGUUGGAAGAUUGUCUCGAAGUAUUA